AUGGAUCCGGUUGUGGCGGGGAAUGUGCUAGCGAGUUUUUUUUGGGAGGUAUUGAAGAGGCUACCGCCGGUUAGGUUGUUGUCGGGGGCGGCGGCGAUGGUCUGUAAGGGGUGGAGAGAAACCACGAAGAAGCUUUGGAGAGCAGGGGAGGAGCUCCAACUUAGGGUUCCGGUGAAGGCACGGAUUGGAUUUUUUGGAUCGAUGUUGCAGAAAUGUCCUGGACUCAUAAAACUCUUUCUUACGAUGAAAAGGACAUUUCUGCAACAUCGAUCCAAAAAAUCCAAUCCGUGCCUUCGCCGGAACCCUGAGUUGGAGCUCCUCCGCUGCUCUCCAAAGCUUCUUCGUGGUUUCUCUCCACCCCUUACAGACCAUCGCCGCUGCCCCCGACAACAACCCAACCGGCGGCCUCUUUGGCCUCUCUUGAGCUUAGUAUUUGGAUUCUCAUUCAUUGCGGUCUUAUGGCUUAAAUUUUUCAUUUUUGGAGUUCAAGUGCUUAUUUUUAGAUUUUUUGUGGCUUUUCUGGGCUUCAUCAAACAUCUAUGA